UAGAUUUUGUUUACAAGUUUGUGUCCGCCAUUGUCGGGGUCAAGCAAAUUUUGUGCAAUAUUUCCCUUUUGGUGAGCUUCCGCGGCACCAUUGAUCAUGGAGGACCACUCUUUCCCCGAAGAGCCCAUGUGGGUUAAAGAAGAAGACCAGGGGGAGCGGAAGAAUGCUGAAAAAGCGGCAAAUAGAGAUGGGAAAGGAAAUGGUGAUGCUGGGCAUCAGAAUGGGCAUAGAGAUGGAGGGGGAGGUGUAAUGGCAGGGCAAGAGAAUGGGGAAGGAGACAGAGUUUCACCACUGAAGCGUAGCGCUACUAAUGAAGUAGAGAUGAGCGCAGAACCUCAAGGAGAACCUAUUACUAAAAGGCGAAAGACAGGUCCUCCCCAGCCAAAGAACCCUAUCAGCACGCUGAAUGAACUUCGUCCUGGCCUUGUGUAUAACAUGCUUGGUAUGGAAGGGCCAUCCCAUGCCCCAGUCUUCACUGUAACUGUAGAGAUCAGUGGGCAAGUUUUCCGUGGCUCAGGACGUAGUAAGAAGCAAGCCAAACAUUCUGCAGCUGAGGCUGCUCUUAGGUCUUUUCUCCAGUUCCGCAAUGCUUCAGAUGCUGCUGAAGCUCUUGGCAUUAACAUCACAGCGGUGCAGGACUUCACUAGUGAUGUGUCAGAAGCAGGUUUUGGGUCAAAUUCGACUGUAGGUGAGGUGACAUCUACAAGACCGACGACAACAACAGUGGACUCUUCUCCGGGUUCCAGCACUCCUCCUUCAACAUCAUCUCCCUCAGGACCAUCACAAACUUCGAAGAACCCCAUUAUGCUCUUAAAUGAGUUAAGACAGGGUGUGGAGUAUAUGUUAAAACAAGAGUCUGGAGAUCCUCAUUCCAAGACUUUCACAUACCAAGUUACUGUGGAUGGACAGUUGUUUGAAGGCACAGGUAACAGCAAGAAGUUGGCUAAAGCUGCUGCUGCCCGCCAGGCUUUAAGCAAACUGUAUGGAGUUAUUGCUUCAACACCUAACUCUGUUCUUCAUAUGCCUAUCUCUAACAUGCCAAACAUCCACAUGCCUCAAACAAUAGCAGACAAGAUUGCCAAACUGGUUUGUGAGAAGUUCUCAGAACUGACAUCUGGUAAUCCAUCACUUGCUAAACGAAAGGUUUUGGCAGGUAUUGUGAUGACCAAUGAAAAGGAUCUUGAGGACAUGAAGGUGAUAAGUGUUGCAACAGGCACUAAGUGUAUCAAUGGUGAACAUCUUAGUCUUCAAGGCCAGUGUAUAAAUGACUGCCAUGCUGAGAUUGUGGCACGUAGAUGUCUUCGCCAUUUCCUCUAUUCUCAGCUUGAAAAGCUUGCUGUAUCGUAUAAAAAUGGAUCAACAUCAGAUACAUUAUUUGAGCAACUUAAUGGCCAAAAGGGAUUUAGAGUCAAAUCCCAGUACAAAUUUCACCUCUAUAUAAACACUGCUCCGUGUGGUGAUGCAAGAAUUUUUGUCCAUGAAGAGGAAGCUGACAGAACUGACAGACAUCCUAACAGACAAAGUCGUGGACUACUUAGAACAAAAAUAGAAUCUGGAGAGGGCACAAUUCCAAUUAAGGCUGGUGCAGACAAUAUACAAACCUGGGAUGGAGUACUUCAAGGAGAACGUUUACGGACUAUGUCAUGCUCUGAUAAAGUCGCCAGAUGGAAUGUGGUUGGGCUUCAGGGUGCACUUCUUUCCCAUUUCAUUGAACCAAUUUACCUUGAGUCUAUUGUAUUAGGAUCACUGUUUAGUGCUUCACACAUGUAUAGAGCGGUUUGUGGAAGGAUAGAGCAAACUGUAGAGGGUUUGCCACCCCCAUAUAAACUAAACCAGCCAAAAAUGAAUCAGGGAAGCUCUACUGAAUCACGUCAGCCACAGAAGGCACCCACCAUUUCACUCAACUGGGAUUGCGAGGAAAACCAAGUUGAGGUUUUAAAUGCAAUGACUGGACGACAAGAAGGUGAAAGCUACUCCCGCUUGUGCAAGAGAAGGUACCUGAUAAGAUUUAUUGAUCUUCUGGAUAGGCUCCCCACCAUAACUGAGGUGGAUCCAGGAGCAGCUAAGUGCCUCUCAUAUGGCGAAAUCAAAGCACUUUCUACUGAUUAUCAAAUAAGUAAACGAGCUGUCGUAUCAGCCUUUUCUCGUGCAGGCUUAGGACAGUGGAUUAGCAAACCUAUGGAAGAAGAUAGUUUCUAUAUAUAAUUGCAGCAGAGACCAUAUAGCAUGAAGGACACCUGAAAGAGAGCUGGUGAAACAUUCUAAGAAGAUUAGAGCAACAGUGGUUUUCUAAUGAUUAAAUUUGUUACGGAUAGGCUUUGUCACCAGAAAAUAUGCAUUACUCUACUGGAUUAGUAACAUUCAAUGUAAUUUUUAAGCAUAUUUUAAUAGGAAUCAACUCACAUUGAUUAAUGGUGGGUAUUUGUAAUGUGUUGUCAGUGAAAAUAAGUAAGUUUGUAUGUUUUAUAUUUUAUGGAACUUAAUUUAGGUACUGCUAUCAAGUGUUGUGUAUUAUUUUAUAUAUAUAUUUUUUUUUUUCAUCCAAUUUGUUAUUCAGCUAAAUUUGUUACACACUUGGCUAAUUUGAAAGUGAGUGUGCACAAUCUUAGGUUUUCACAGUACUGUUGUUUAAUAUUCUCCGACUCCUAAUCAGUUAAUCAAAAUACAGUUUAAAUGGGAAAACCUUUCUUGUGCAACGUUUCAUUCACAGGAGGGCUUAUCAGGUACAGUGAACCCUUGAUUAAAUGAACUAGGAGAGGGGGGUGCCCAUUUAAGACUUUGUUUUUUUUAAUCCAAAUUGAGAAUAUUUUCCCCAUAAUUGUAAGAGUAAUGAACAAUUUGGACUUAACAGAAUUGGUCCGUUAAAUCCAAAAAAAAAAAAUUUACCUAGCGGAUCAUAAAAAUAAUUAGCAAUUCUGGAUUUAAAGGUUUUUUAGUUAAUUCCAAAAUUAGUUUAUCCAGCAGACCACAAGAAUAAUAUACAAUUCGAGAUUUAACAGACUAUUCAUUGUGUUUGAAUUGUUGCUCAGCCACAGAUUUUCUCUGUUAAAUAUAGAAAUUAUUAAAUCUAGAGUUCAUUGUACUUAACCAUUAAACGGUCCAAACGUAUAUAUACGUUUUUACCGCUAGUGCCCCAAACGUAUAUACAUGUAUACGUUUUAUUUGUCAUACAUUCAACAUUGCCACGAUAAGCCUGAGUCGUCUAGACGUGAGCGAAUGGGUGUGUGCACUCAUUGUGUGCCAUAUUAAAAUAAUUGGGGAUGCCUAGGUACCAUAUUUUCUUUUUUUCUAUUAAAAAAAAAAAAUUCUCAAAAAAAGUUUGGGCACUUCGGUAGAGAACGUAUAUAUACGUUUGGACCAUUUAUGGGUUAAAAAAGACCUACUGUGGGUAAAAUAUGAAAUAAAGGUUUCUUUCUCUACUGAAAGUGUUCAUGAAUUACCACUUGGCUUAAGCUAUUUCAUAAAUUUGGAUCUCUUAAAGAGCUUGGUUUUUAAAAUUUCAUUGAUACUCGUCAUGCAAAAUACAUAUAGAUGGUGUAUAAUACGAAAUUCAAAAUACAUGAGUGUGAGUUAACGAGUGAGUGUGUGUGUGUGUGUGUGUGUGUGUGUGUGUGUGUGUGUGUGUGUGUGUGUGUGUGUGUGUGUGUGAGUGAGUGAGUGAGUGAGUGAGUGUGUGUGUGUGUGUGUGUGUGUGUGUGUGUGUGUGUGUGUGUGGUGUGUGUGUGUGUGUGUGUGUGUGAGUGUGUGUGUGUGUGUGUGUGUGUGUGUGUGUGUGUGUGUGAGUGUGAGUGUGAGUGUGAGUGUGUGUGGUGUGUGUGUGUGUGUGUGUGUGUGUGAGAGAGUGUGUGUGUGUGUGUGAGAGUGAGUGAGAGAGAGAAAGAGAAAGAGAGAGAGAGAGAGAGAGAGAGAACAUUCAACAAGUUAAAAAUGUCUUCACUACUCUUAAGUAUAAAGUUUGUACUGUUUAAUACAAGUGACAUAAAAGUUGUACUUCAUACACUUCCUGACAUUUAAAUUGUAAGAAGAGAGAAUUAGCGUUACAGUUUGUGAGUAGGAUAUUCAUUUGUUGUACUACUGAUAAAUUAUUUUUUAAAUUGCUGCACAAGUUAAGUGUUUGUAAUUUAUGCUUCAUUCCAAGGAUUUAACUUGACUGAAAAGAAGUCUUAUUAAGCAUCAUAUGUAAAGCAUUUGUGUUAAUUUUUUCAGAACAUUUUCUCUGGAAUGGAAGAAUUGCUGGUAUAGAUACACCUACCAUCCGACUUACGACUGAGUUCAGUUCCGAGAAACUGGUCGUAAGUCGAAAUGGUCGUAAGUUGAACUUUACUACUGAAUAUCAACAAAACAUUUUUGUAAUGACUUUAUUUUAUUGUUUUAUUUUGGUAUUUCAUGUUUUACUUUACUUUUUAUGUUGUUAGUACUGUAUUUUAUACUGUAAGGAUUAGGAUAAACACUGUGUACAACACAAAUAGUUGUUUAUUUCCCAGAAAUUUUGCAUAAAAAACACUGGUCGUAAGUCGAGUGGUUGUAAGUCGAGCAGGUCGUAAGUCGGAUGGUAGGUGUAUUAUCCUUUAUUAAAGUUAAUGCAGAAGUUUAUAUUUUAUAAAAUAAGGUAUCCAUAUUGCAUUAUAUUUUUUUUAUUACUGUUACACAAGAACCAGGACUGAGCCACCCAGUAGUAUUGUUGUAUGAAUGAUGCCCGUAGAUCCUCCAGAUCACUGCACAUUCUUCUUUUCUAUAUGUACACCCUUCUCAGAUAUACAUUCUUAAGUAUGUUGACAUUGCUGGGCUUAAAUGAGGGUUGAGAUUAUUUUCUUUAGUGAGUAGAGAUAAUAGGAAAGUUUAAAAAAAAAAAAAUGCUGCCAAUGUUAAACAUCACUUAAGGCAUCAUCAUGUCAGCAGUUUAUGUUUCUAAAAAUUUUGAAAGGUUUAUAGCUUUUAUUCAGUUUAUUUACAUAGAUGUUAGGAAAUGUCUGGGGCAAGCUCUUGCUCUUAAUUUUAAGAUGUCAGUAGUAAUAUCUGUGUGAUUUAAUUAAAUGUGGAUUUGUUGUACUUUUCAUAAAUUCAAAUCUGGCCAAUGAUUAUAGCCAACCACAGAUCAACUUGUUAAUUUUUUAAUAUACUUGUAAAGCCUCUCAUCCGUCCAGCCAGCAUCAGAUACUCGGAGGUGUGGAUUUGCGAGAUUUCGGCUUGAGUACAUGCAAUAUAUGUAUAACUUUCUUAAUAUGCGAGAUACAUAAGUUAUCUUUUCAUGUAUCACAAAUCUUAUUGUAAUAAAUAUAAGCAUUUUAA